GAAAAGCGGAGCAUGGGACGACAAUGGUGCCUUUAUGUACACCUCUUCAACUGAUAUCAAGUACUGGCGUCCUCAUGGAGAUAGCAAAAUCAUCCAAACCAUGGAUAUCCCAAUUUAUAUCACCAAGGUUUCUGGAGAUACAAUCUUUUGUCUCGACCAGGACGGGAAAAACACUGCUAUCACCAUAAAUACCUCGAGAGUUUCCAAGAAAAGGAAAGCUGAGUCAGAUGGAGAUACCACAAUGAGAACUAUAGACGAUUCCGCAAAGAAUGACAGCCAACCUUUCCCAGGGGAGGCCGACAACUCCAGAGCUAAGAGGAGAAAGAUAGACGAUAAAUUUAG